GGCAACGCAGGACGCUUCCGGGGGCGGGGGGAAGCUCUGUCUCUGUGCAGGCCUGGAGCAGCGCAGUGACGUCCAGGCUGGAAAUAACGGCAAAAUUUGCAACCCGUUAGUGUCGUUUUUGAGUGUUGGGUUUCUUUCCUUCUACCUUCCAAAAUCAGAACAGGAUUUUGCCCAAAGAGGCCAGAGAGCACUCACGAACAAGGCCAUGGUGGCGGGUGGAAAUGCCCCAGGAGUCGUUACUCUCUGCUCCGUUGUCACUGCCGUUCGCGAGCCGCUGUGCGUGCGUGGCUGCGCUGUAGCUCCCCGACCCCAGCACCACGCUGCCUCGGACAUGCACCUGGAAGCCAACAGGCCUGGACAAGCAGAAACGGGUGCGCUCCAGGUGUCUGCCUUUCCUGGCAGCUGCAACCCAUCCUCAAGCCAGCCCAGCUGGGAACUGGAGCUUUUUAUUUUUUAUAUACUUUUCUUUUAAUGCUUUUGACUUUUUUCUGUCUCACAAAAUUACAUGGUGGAAAAAAUGUGCCAGCUUCAACCCUGACGCUUUUUAAGUGCAGGGAGUUCCUGCUGCCCCGCUCCCUGGUAGCCAUGUGCCUGUUGCACGGGGGCUCCAUUCAGGUUACAUCGUUUUCUCCUCCCUUUUAAAAGUGCUGCUCGCGUCAGGAUUGGAAAUUGAGCUCACAGCCUGUCGCUGCCUUCCCGUGCUGCUCAGGAGAAGCAGCGAAUGGAACAGAGCUGGGGAGGGACAACAGCUUCUGGGAAACUCGCAGGGCGAAACGAUGAACAUUAAUAGAAGGAAAAAAAAUGGAGAUAUGAAAGAUUGUACCCGGAGACGCAGGCUUCCAAACGCCAAGGCAAGGAGAUGCUGCGAGUGCCUGGGAAGAUCCCAGCUGAGGGGAGCAGCGAUGCUGGGGUGCCAGGAAGCCUCCGAGGGCCUCUCCAGCAUGGGGAAGUUCCAGUCAGAGAGCUGGUGGGUGCUGCCUGCGCUGGGAGGAGCUGGAAGCACAUCAGCCUGCGGUCAUUGCUCCCGAGGGCAGGCAGCGUGCCCUGAACCUGGCCUCCCGCAGCCCGCUCCUGCGGCUUGGACCGGUACCAAGCGAAGGGCGGUUUGGAAACCAGGCUUGCGCUGGCCAGUGCUGCUGCUCGCAGAUCUGUACGGGCUGUUACGGGGCAGGGGGCUGCGCGAUGCCCAGGGCCGCAAACGCGGGAUGAAGAGACAGGGCAGUGCCAGCAAACCAUGGGGGAGGAGGAGCCCCGAGACAGCAGUUCUGGGGAGCUGUUUCCUUCCAGCACAUCCAAAUGGGAUAGCAGAGGGGGAUCCACCUCAUCCCCGCGUCUCCCACAGCUUGUCCUGCAGGGAAAGGCUGUGUCUGCACCGGCGCAUCCUGCCCCCCCCCCCCACGGGGGGGUGUUGCUUUCCCCCGCGUGCUGCGGCAUUCCCAUAUCGACCGCGAUGAGCAGCCUGACACCACACCGGGUGUGCAGAACAGGCCUCCGGCCGCUGACAUCACGCGGCCAAGGUCCAGCCGAGGCCCCGCCGGCACCGCCUGACGCCCGCGCUCCCUGCGCCGCUGCCGCACCAUGAGGCCGGGGCUGCUCUGCGCCUUCGCCGCCGCCUUCCUGGCCGUGGCCGGAGCCGACCACGGGAACUCGAAGAAGGCGAAAACCGAGAUCCGGGAGAAGGAGGUGGGGACGAGCGUCCCGGGCAAGCGCCGUCCGUACAGACCGUGCUCCGGGUGCUUCUCCGUCCUGAGCGAGGAGUCAAAUCCUUUGUCCCGGAGCACAAGAGAAGUCGAGGAGGUUCAGCAAAGCAUAUGGCCUCCAAAGAGAAAACCCGGCAAGAAAAACCCGGAAGGCCGCAGACCUCCCCAAAGCCAGUCUUACGAAACGGAUGUCCUCCGCGGAGCCAGGAGGAGAGAGCAGCCGGGUGAACAGCGGAGAGUGAAGAGGGAGGACAAGAAACCUUCGCGAGUGCAACCUGUGAGAAAACCCGGUGGCUCCUCUGUGGUGAGAAAGCGCACACCGGCCGAGCAGGACGGGGCCGGGACGGCCGCCAGGUCCAGCCGGCGGCCAAGCUGGGAGCACAAGGCAGCGAGUCAGCGUCAGGAUCAGACCGAAGGAAGGAAAGCAGGAAAGCAGCAGUGAUAAAUACGGAAAGCAAGAGGGAUGGGCUGCGCUGCGGCCCCAGGGGGACGGGCCGAGCACCCGGACCCCGCGGGAAGGCGAGGCGCUGGGAUGCAAACCCUCGCCGGGAGAGCGCCGGGGCCCCGGCGGUGCCUCCCCCUCCGCCGCGGGGGACACCGGGGGGAGCCGGGAAGGGGGCAGCA